AUGAGGCUGCUCCUUGGGCUCCUGCUGGCCGCUGCCUUGAACCUGGAGCUGGGUGCAGUCCAGGCCUUGCAGUGUCACCAGUGCAAGGGCUUUGGAGGAUGCUCCCACAAGUCCAGAUGCCCAGCAGGCUCCAGCCGCUGUAUCACUAUUGCCACCCAUGAGUAG